AUGAAUGUGCAAGUAGAGAUGCUGGGGUGCAAGGAGCGAGAUAAAUACUGUAUGGGGAUGAGAGAUAGUCUGCGCAGACUAAACCUCCAUCCUCAGUUGUAUAGUAAUGAGGACAACCAAUCAGUGCCCUCUGUUUCUGCGAUCCAAGUGGAGAGUCACAACUUCCUGACACCUGACUAUGAUUACAUUGACUACUACAAGGAAGUGACUGAGGAAAUCAUUCAUGUGACUGACGUGUGGAGCGUCAUACCUGGAGGGGACAAAUCAGAGAACCUCCUCCCCCAGACCUCCCUCUUCUCUGGGGCUGCUGUUGCUUCAUCUCUCUGCUCCUUGGAGCUGGAGCCCUUACAGCUUGAGGAAGCAAUAGAAUGUUUCUGCCAGGACUCCCAGGAUGCAGUGGACCAACCAGAGAUCCUGACAUCCUGUGCCCUCACUGAGACCACCCAGGACCUGCUCUCUGAGCUCCACCAGACCUUUUGUUCUCUGGAGGAGCUGAGAAGUGCAGGGCCCAGUGGCCCAAGUACAGAGAGAGGCUCUACCCUGGAGGGGGAACUGGACAGUGGGGGCUCUGGGAGGAAUAUCCGGCCCUUCUCUCUCCAGGACUCCUCUCUGCUCAUCCCCCGUCGGAGGUCCGUACGCUCCAGACAGCUACAGGUCCCUGGAGUCCCUCUGUCCCGCAGGAACAACUCCAGCCGCAAUCCCCCAGCUCAGCACCUCCUCAGCCCCAGAGACAGGUUACCUGGAGGGGAGAAGGCCUUGCACAAGGAGGAGGCAGCAUGCUUCAGAUGCACCCUAGAGGAUAGGCUGGGUCACUGUAAGCUGGGCAGCUGGUGGAAACAAGCCCUGGAGACCCAAAGGGCAUUCUCUGGCCUACUACCUGCCAUAGAGCAGGUAUCCACCAUCUCAAAAGAAAAGAGGGUCUCUCUCGUUCCUGGGCGACCCUACUCCAACAGUCUGGUCAGCAUCCAGGAGUCUCCAUCCAAGCAGAGAAGAGACAAGCAGGAGGUCAAAUAUGUAUGUAGAGGUCAUCUCUAUGUGGUCACUGGGCUUACAUGGAGGGUGUCAGUAUGGAGGGAAAUAUGCUCCGGUUGGCCAAUGGAGGGCGUUGUUGUCCAAGCUUGGAGGUUUUUAUUUUGUCUCUGAUUGGAAUAAUCUCACACCUACCCCCCCACGAGCCCAUCCCAGCAUGUAACCGUUCCCCUCUCUCCACCCUUGCCCCUGUCACAACCAACUCAUAUUUCCUCAUACAGAAUCAGUAGUGUCAUCUAAACAUGGUGGAAUUAUAUUUUGGCUUACCUUUUUUUAAGAUGUUAUAUUUAAUUGGUAAUGAAUAGAGCUAAUGAACUUAUCUUACAUGAUUUAAAUACUGAAGUCAACCUCACCACUUUGAUGGUGCAGGUACUACAUUUACUUUGUGUUACUCUGACAAAAGUUGCAGACUGCUUUCUUGGCUCUGUCUAAUCUCUUUGUCUAAUGCAUUGAGGGAGCUCACAGUUGAUGCGUUUGACCCCAUGACAUCAUGAUGUCAGCAGUGGAUGUACAGCAUGUGUACUGUAAUGUUGCUACACUGAUAAAAUUAGACAGUUGUUCAACUGAGAUUGAAUUAGGUAAAUGUUUAAUUGGGAUGUAAUGAUCUUACUGUUUGGUGGGAGUCAUGUGAACCAUAUGGAGCCUGGCAGGAUAAAUGUUUUUACAUAAAUGUAAUUCAUGAUGCCAUAGACAAUGAUUAUACCUUUGGAAUAUUGACUGGUGAAUGGACUGUGUGUGAAUGGUUGAUUGCUGAUAUUGUACAAUUCAAAAUUAGUACCCAUCAUAAAAGGGCAGGUAACCUAGUGGUUAGAGCUUUGGGCCAGUAACCGAAAGGUUGCUGGAUCGAAUCCCGAGCUGAC